AUGACUUUACAAAGCCAAAAUCUGAAGACAGUGAUCCAUGAUGGCCGCUUCUGCGAAAUUUCUGAAGAUGAACUGCUCUUGUUAGUCAAAGACGAGUUUCUUGACGAAUUCAGAAAACUUCAACACGCCUACUCAGUCAAGGACCUAAGUGUUCCUAAGAUUGACAUCCCAUCUCCAUCAUACCGACUAUAUGGCAUGGAGUUCAACGAGGUGAACCGUACUUUAGUGGGGGUCUUGGCACUCCGCUGGAUCCUGCAGAAGAACUAUGCAACGUUUGUUGAGUGCCAACCUGAAGCCGUGCGGCUGCAACCUGAAUCGUUCAAAUGGAUAUGCAAAGUAUUUGAAGAAGGUCUCGAGAGAGAUACCGAUCUGUAUUCAAUCAUCGCAUCUAUGGUUAUCAAUGAUCUUGGCAAAGUGCGCUAUCUCGCGUUUGAUUAUCAUGCGAAGACAGGAGUGGAUAUUUCAAAACAGAAUCAUGACAUGAUACUAUACCGAGCAGCUGAAGCUGGGCUUGUUCCAUCUUUAGAGCGGCUUCCAGAAGAGGACCAGAAAGAUAUCCUACUGGGAAUCAAACUUGGUGCACAAUUUAAUUUUGGACAAUUGGCCCAAGCAGAAAAUGUACCUGCGUGCCUUUUCAGCCUGACAAAAAUGAAAGACCACAAUCGCGCCUUCAAGUUGCAUUUUAUGAAACAGAUCCUUGAUAUUGCCGGAGCAGCUGGCCAUCUCGAUCAUACUUGUGCACGAAAACUCAUCGAGCCAGUCUUUCAGGCCUAUAAAAAUGUUCACUGUGUCGCCAUGUGUAUAAUUGAGGGUACACUUGGGCUAAGAGAAGGCUACGACAUCAUACUCAUUCGCAGGCUUGAGUUGUUGAAGCAUAACGGCUUCAAAAAAUCAUUGGACGUAAACAUUCCAGAAGAGAGAGCUCUUAUCCGCCUAUUCUGCAUGGGCGGUGCAGCAAGUCUUGAGAAUGCACAACUUUAUUAUGAUGCAUUUUAUAGUAUCUGCCACGCUACGCGGGCCGCACUGGUUGACGGACUCGAUAUUGAUGGUUUGGUUGGGAAGCCCGCGGUCCUGCCUACAUACAUUCCUGCUAUGCUUCGGCUGGCACUUAGCAAUACGGUCGGAGAUUCAAGAGAGGAGAGGCUCUUGGCUCUUGGUUCAAUGUUGCGAUACUUGACGAGAGUUCUUACCAUAAGAGAAAUGGACUUGGAUAGGGUACCAGAGAAAGUUGUCGUGGUCGAAAGAGACGUGAGAAGUAUGAUAGAGGAUGUUGUGGGAGGAGAAGAUUUCAGGUGGAACCCAGGUGUACUGGACACAGUUUCUAUCCCUGACAACGUGAUCGCAAUAUUGGCUGACUAG